AAUAUGAUACAUCUAUUUUAUCUAUUUGUAAUAACUGUUUAACUAUUUUUUAUUUUAAUAACAAUGUAUUAUAAGUUAUCAGAAAUUCUUUUUUUGAAAUAAUCAGAAAGUACACGUGUACAUUUUGAAAGUCAAGUAUAAAGUAACUAAAAUUUAGAAUAAGACAUUCCGUUACUAAAUAUUGUAUAUGGAUGUUUUUUGUCUUGACAACGAAUUACCUAUACAUUUAGAUUCUUGUAAGCUAAAAAGCCUUUUACAUCAGCAAAUACCAGAUUGUUAAAGUUACAUUUAAAAAAUCAAGUGGCUACUUCCAAGGGAUCAAGGGAAAAAAACUGAUGGAUAAUGGAUACCUUAACAUUCAGCAAUCCUCUUGCAACUGUACAGCUUAUACCAAUCGUCAAUUACAUAAACAUACUUAGUAAUUUUUUAUAUAUUAAAAAGUAUUUAAAAUUAGAGGAACAACGAAAUAAAAUUGUAAUUGUUAAUGAACUUUAUAAAUAUUUUGAUGAUCAUCGUGAUGACCAAUCUAUAAUAGAAAACUUAAUUCGAAAUUUGUUACAAGGCAGCGAUCUGUACGGUGAACGAGAUAAGGAAAAUUUUGAUCUAGUUUUUGUUAACACCAUGUUUGACUAUAUCAUUAGUUCUAUCGUAUUUGAAAAAUAUGGAAAUAUUUAUGGCUUUUUGGCAGACACUGUUCGUAAGGCAGAACAGUUACAAUAUUAUUACGUUUUAGAAACAAUAAAGAAAACACUAAAGAAUGCAACAUUUGAAAAUGAAUAUGGUCCUAGUUCAAAGCUUUCUCAACUGUCUUGCAGAAGGAUAUUCAACGACCUGAUAUUGCCACUAUUUCCUAAGCCCGUUACAAAAAAUUUAAAUUUAUUGUCUCUUGAUUAUAUUUUUACACAAGCUGGUGCGACAUAUCUUCGACCUGGGCUUUUAAAUAACACCUACUAUCCUAAUUACAAAAAUUUGAUCUAUAACAACAUUGAUAAUGAAAUCUUUAACGAAUACAUGGUAACAGGGUAUAUAAUAGAAAAUUUACUUUACCACAAUAAAAUUGAUCCUUUAGCAUGGAAAAUUUUUGCUCUUCCAACUCUUUUUUAUUAUAUUUCUAAUGAAGAUAAAGUAAAACAAGAAAACAUAACAAAUAUAAUUUUUAAUCCACUGCAUUGGGAAGGAGCUUAUCAUAAUUUUCGAGAAUACUUAUUCAAUACUUCGGUCAAAAUUGAAAAUCAAUUAAUGAAUGACUCUACAUAUAAAAUGCACCAAGAACUUAAAGAAUUUGAAAGUCGUGCUUCGAUGGCUAGAUAUUUUAUACAAAUAACUUGUCACAAUAUGGAUGAGUUAACGAAAGAAGUAUUUUUUUCUUAUUAUAUCAAAAGUACAAUACCACUUCAGUGCGGUAAUGGAAAUCGUCUGUGGGCCAUAGAUGAUUACUUCCAGUACCAACUUUCUGAUUUUCCUAAAGUAUAUGAAGAAUAUGAGUUAGGCAUAACGCAGCAAUCUUUUAACGAAUCGAUAUUAGGAAGUCUUCGUGAUGUUGAAAUAAAAUUGCUAAUUACUAAUGAUAAAGUGGUAGAUGGUGAUUUUAAUACUUCGCAGCAUUUACCUUAUGACUUACUUCAAUUCUCUUACCCUAACAAAAUGGUUCCAUGGUACUACGCUUUAAUACGCGAAAACAAUACUGCUAAACUCAUUAGAGAAGUUGAUGAUCCAAAACGCUUUCGACAAAUAAUUGGUCCAUCAUUAGAUAACUUUAAAGAUUUUGCAAACCGUACUAUUCUAAAAUUUGCGAAUCAAAGCACAAACAAACUUCUUGAAGAAUUAAUGAAGUAUAAAAAGGAUCGCUUUAUAUCAUACUUAAAUUAUUCUGACAAUACUCCUGAAAAAAGUAAAUGGUGGAAAGAAUUUGGAUUGUCUUUCGUACCAUUUUACCCUUGUGUAUCAAACAGUAGCAACUAUAAUGAUGUCGAAAAUCAUGUGUGUGAGCAAGAUGAUGCAAAACUUCUUCAAAAAUUCCCAGAACAUAUAUUAUUACAUUUAAUACAUGAAAGUACACAAAAUCUUCUAUCAUCAUUUGGUACCACUAUCAAACAAGUAUUUAUCAAGAAAAUUGUAAAUACAACUGUAACAAAUUAUUUUCCAGACAAUACUAGCGAAACAAUAUUUUCAUCAAAAUUCGAUACACCAAUUAAUGUAGUUUACAAUACAUUAUCAUUACACAUAGAAGAACCUAAAUUUGAGACUUUGUGCAUUACUCAAAAGGAAAUACAAUUUGUGGAGACAAUAAUAAAUUACUUAGAAAAGAAGAUUAAUCAAUCAUUUACAUUUGUCAACAAUAUGCUAAAAAAAUUUCAACUUCCAAAAAGUAUGUUUACUAUAAAAGUUGGUAACUUAUAUGAUCAAUCAAAUCAACCUUAUUUGCUCGUAAACAGUUGGGAUAAUGUUACUGGUUAUGGUUACAAAUUUGUACAUAGCAUUAACUAUACAAACAAUAAAAGUAUAAUAGCGCAAUUGAGAACUUAUUAUGCAAUAAAAGAAAAAAUAUUUAUUACACCUGUACAGAAUUCAUCAAAUAAUGUAAAAAAAUAUAUUAAAAUAAUGAACGAAAGUCUUGUAAAUAGAAAUCAAAUUAUAGAUGUAAUAUUUUCUUCUCCUCUUCAAAAUGUAUCACAACAACGAAAAAUUUUUCUUAAAUCCAAAAAUGAUAAACUUAUAGAAAUAAAUAAAAGAAAAAUUUUCAUGUAUGAAAUUAAUAAUCAUCUUAGAAGUGAAUCUAUUAACAUUUCCUUUUACGGUAUUUCGAGUCAUGAUCAUAAUGAUGAUUAUUGUAAUAUAGAUGAAUAUGUACAAGAAAAGAAAAAUACGAUGUUCUGUUCAAGACAUCGUCGUUUUAUUGAAAAGACUAACUAUUUUUCGACAAUAAUAAGGGAUUUAUUAAAAAAUAAAAAUGAUACCUCAGUUGAAAAACGAAUGCGAGAUAUAUUAAGAAAAUACUACUUUCGAGAUAACUCAACAGUAACAAUAUUCUUUAAACAUUGGUUAGAAGACGACAGGUUCCUAAAUCCUGAUUGGACUAGAUACGUUAUAAUUGACCAGUCUGGUUUAUUAAAUGAAUUAUUGUACGUCCCAAGUUUGGAUAACAGAUUUAUAUCAAUUGAAGAAGGUAAAAAAAGAAUAAAUUCAAAUUACACGUAUAGAGAACGAUGUAAAAUUGAAGAAGGAACGUCAGUGGAAAAUAUAAUAAAUAAUUUUAAUAAUCAGAAGGCAGCUUAUUUAGUUAAACUUGAAGAUUAUUAUGCCAUACGUAAUUUUGCCACAACUGGUCAUGAGAGAAUAACUGGCGAUACAAAUGAAGCAAAACUAAUGAAACUCGCUCUAUAUAAAUUGGCAAUAAGACAAUCUGACGAUAGUAACGACGAAUUUGAUUCAAAAUUAUAUUAUUUUGAAUCUGUAACUAACGAAUUUUAUGACAGACAUAUAGCAGUGGGAAAUAUAAUUGCUUUAUCAAAAUUUACUUUAACAUCGACAAAUAAUAAAACUGCCAUGAGAUUUUCUGCAUUUCCAGAAACUGGAUUCCAAAACAUUUUAUAUGAAAUAAUAUUUAAUGCUCCUUACCCAAGAGCGAAAAUCAAAGUUGAUGUCAAUCAAUCGUUUAGGGAAAAGAAAGUAAUUCUUUUACCUGGUUUUGAAUUUCGUAUUCAGCAUAUUAUUGUUAUUUCCAAUACAAUAAUAUCUAACUAUUUUAAAGUGAUGUUAAAUUGCACAUCCAAAAGUACUGAAAAAGAUGAAUGGUAUGAAAGUAUCAUGGGACAAAUAAACGAAAUCAAUUCUUAAAAUUGUAUUUGUAAUCAAUUGUUUAAAUAUUUAAUUGUCUCGCGUGAAGAGGAAUAUAAAUAUGUAGUUAAAUUCCAAAAACUAUAAAUUCUUAUCUAUAAACUACAUUUUUAAUUCUUUUAACUACUUCUUUUAAAGGAAUAAACAGUUACAGAAUACAUUUUCAAACAAUUUGUAGCAAAUCUAUUGUUUGAAAAUGUGUUCUGUAACUGUUUAUGCCUAUAAAAGAAGUAGUUAAAUGAAUUAAAAAUGUACUUUAUAGAUAAGGAUUGUCAGUUUUUGGAAUUUAACUACAUAUUUAGGCAAAAUAAACUAAUAAAUUAUUAAUUCUAUAAAAAAUAGUUAAAGUACCCAUUAGACCAGAUGCUUAAUAAAAAAGUCAAAUACAGAUAAAUUGUGACUAUUGUGUUCUAGAAAUGUUACAUAACAUUGUUACCAAAAAUGUGUAACGAAUAUUAGUAUAUAUACCUAUGUUUGAAUUAUUAUAUUUCCGUAAAGUUGAGUGGUGAAUAUUUUUUCUCCAAGUUAUAAUCCAGUCAAAUUAGCAUUUUUAGAUGUUUUAACUCAGGUCAUCAAUUUUUUUUUUUUUUUUGCUUAAACCCUUCAUUUUAAGGUAAAAAUAAAGUACCUAAAUUUGUUAUUUCAAGCUCCUACCGAAACCUAAAUUUUUUUAAAGAAUUAGGUGCAAAUCAAAUUGCUCAGAAUUUUACACACUUUUUUUAUGAUAAUUAUUUUUAUGCUAAAAUGUCAUGGAAAGCGGCAAUUAAGAAAAAACUUAUUUUUUGCACCUGUUUCUCAAAAAAAAUUUAUGGUUCCGGUAGGUGUUCGAAGUUUUUCGACUAAUUUGACUGGACUAUUAUGAUUGAUAUCGUUUACUGAAGUUAUUGAUUGAUUUACUUCACCGAGAGAAAUAGAUGGUAAGAAUUUAUGAUCUUAAGAUGGUAAAAAGUAGAUGUUAUCCGGUACUAUCAUUAUGCUACUCAGUACUAUCAAAGAUGUUACAAAAAGUAUGGUUAUGUUACCCACUACAAUAAAGACGUUACUCCGUACAAUCUUACAAUAUGUAAGAUCAAAUAUGGUACCUGGUACUAUCUAGAUAGUACCCCGUACCAUCUAUUUCUCUCAGUGUUGAUAAUUAAUAAAUAUAUUAAUAAUUUAAUUUUAUGCCAUUGAAUUUAAAUUGAGAAUAAUAAUUAUUAAUAGUAAAUUUUUGAUUGAAUAAAAAGAUUCAAUUCAAUGAGUUGUAAAAGUAAAAUUGUGAAAAAGAAUUUUUUGCAUUAUAUACAAAUAGAAAAAAAAUACUGUAUUGUAAUUUA